CGAAGAUGGUUGUUAUGAAGAUUUGGCUUCCUCGCAUCGUAAAAAGAAUCUUUCUAAUAUGCAUAGAUAUCUUACGAAACUCACUGAACAUCAAAUAUGUAUAAUGAGUGAGACUGACUUGAAUAAUAUUAACUGGCAAGCAUUCGGAACUGAUAAUGAGAGUGACUCAGAAGACGACGAGUACGAUGAAAAUAACAUAUUCUAUGACUUUGAGGUGAAAAAAAGUCAGGAGCAAAAAGAAAAUUUUGAACUUUAUCCUGGAUUUGAGGUUCAUAUUCCAAAACUCAGCAUACGCGAAAAUAGUUUGACUAACGAAGGCAUUCCUUUACACCCUUUGAUCGUUGAAUCAGUUUCAAAUCAAACAUUACUCACUCGUGAAAUCCUUCCCGCAACGAAAUAUACUGAAAGAGGCCAUGUGAGCUUUGACAGUAUCAAUAAUCUUCGCGAAUAUUUCAAAGUGAAACUUGAAACUCAAAAAUGUGCACUUCACUUAAGUCGUCAAUUGAAAAUGGAACAACUAGAGAUUAUUGUUAAAGAUUGUUUAAAAAUGCCCGAGCUCUUUGCACCAUAUAUUGAUGCUACGAAAGCAUUGAAAAUAGAAAAAAAGGAAAAAAUAGCCAUGGCAGAAGAAUCAAUCAAGAAGAAGGCUGACAAUAUGGAGAAAAUAGCUUUGCAGCUUUUGCACGAUUCGUAUAGCCGGUUUGAAGAAAUGCUAACAGGUGCAAAAUCAGAUUCGGACCAAGCAAAAGCUGAUUUCCGAAGCGACAAAAACAGUAUUGGUCUUGAUUCGAGUUUAGAGUCUAUGCGAUUAGUUGAUGAAACAACUUUUAAAGAAUUACGAGAAGAGUAUCCACAAAUGUAUAGCGAAAUUCAAACAACUAUAAAACGCAUCAAUAAUGUUUCAUGGCAAGCGAUCAAAAAACGAUAUAUUUUUGCAAAGUUAUACACUUUAUACAACCAAGAUCCAUCAAAUAGUAAAGAACUCACAAUCUCGGCGAUUUUUUUCGAUAAAACUAAAGACCUUUAUAAACUUAUUAAAAAAAUAAUACAACCUGCAAAAGAAGGAAAUAUUAACGUUAACGUUAAGUUUAUAAUAAGUGAAGAUCAAACAAUAAAUAACUCGUACGAAAUACUUCUAAGCCUUGAUGAACAAGAAAAAAAGACUACUGAUGACGUCUUUACCAGACAACUUAUUGAGAAUAACGUUGAUAUGCUUAUAUUAACAGAAUUUUUCGAAAAAUAUAAGAAUUGGAGAAAUAAUACAUUCCUUCACGUGGCAAAAAGAAUUUCGCAAAAAAUUUUGAACCACAAUAGUUCAGUUAAUAUUGCACUCGAACGAAAAUUCAAUCUGAAGGAACAUGAUAUCAAAAUUCAAAAUGUGGAAAGAAUUUGCGCCGAAACUGAAUCGAGAUAUCCCGAGGGUGAACUUUUCACGGUUUUGGAUUUAGAAAAGAAACGAGAAUAUUAUGGUUUGAGUACAACUUAUAAAAUGCUACGUGAGUUUGAAAAGACUCGUCCGGCACAAUUACAAAUCACACUUUUUCAAACUCAAUUGAGUCAACAAGAUACGUUAGAACUUGAAAAAAAUGUAUUUCACAUACCUCAACCGAUUCUAUACUCGUAUAGAAGAAGUGGAAUUUCUUUAGAAAUUGACCAAGAGACCUUUGAAUUCAGACAUAUCGCACAAAUGGAAAAAAAAAUUCUAGUAUUUCUAUGGAACAAAAUCACUAAAAAACUGGAGAUAUAUUUUGAUACUAUUAAUCGUUUACCAAAAAUAAUAUUCGACCAAAGCGCAAUUAAAAAAAUUAAUCCAGGAGAACAUUGUAUGAUUACGGUUAACGAGCCAAAAGGAUUGAUAGGAAUCUAUAGUAAUGAAAAAGGCGUGUUGAAUACAUAUAGUUUAGAGCAAGAUCAAACCAAUUUUUCUCUUCAUUAUCGCAAUAUUCAACUUUGUCAAUGGUAUAAUGAUACAAUGCCAGAUAUCACAAAUUUCUUUUUCAUAAAAAACACUGAGGAUAUAUGCUUCGUUGAAAGAGACG